GCCAGUAGGAAGCCGCGUGUUGAGUCUGCGGGCGGCGGUCGAUCUGUUGGAGGAUCGAGCACCAGCGGACCGCCAUGGACAGGACCGCCGUGGUGAAGGUCGGGGCCGCGGCCAGCGCCAGCGUCUGCGCCCUGCUGGGAGGCGUAGUUCUGGCCCAGUACAUCGUGGCCAAGAAGAAGCGAGCGGGCAAGAAAACCAGGAUCAUAGAGAUGAUGCCUCAGUUUGAGAAGACGACGGUCCACAUGAGGGACCCUGAGAGGGUGGAGCAGAUCAUCUGUGGCCUCAUCAAAGGAGGAGCUUCCAAGCUACAGAUCAUCACAGACUUCGACAUGACGUUAAGCAAGUUCGCUGUCAACGGCAAACGCUGUCCGACGUGUCACAAUAUCAUUGACGACUGCAAGCUGGUGACAGAGGAGUGCAGGCAGAAGUUGCUGCAGCUGAAGAAUAAAUAUUAUCCCAUCGAGAUCGACCCUCAACUCACCAUGGAGGAGAAAUACCCAUUCAUGGUGGAGUGGUAUUUCAAGUCUCACACAUUACUUGUGGAGCAGCGGCUAGAGAAAGACAAACUGUCAGAAGUGGUGAGAGAGUCGGACGCUGCACUCAGGGACGGCUUUGAGCAGUUCUUCGACCGCCUGCAGCAGCACAACGUGCCUGUCUUCAUCUUCUCCGCCGGCCUGGGUGACGUCCUGGAGGAAAUCAUCCGCCAAGCCGGAGUCUACCACCCCAACGUCAAGGUUGUCUCCAACUUCAUGGACUUCGACGACAAUGGCGUCCUGAAGGGUUUCAAAGGCGAGCUGAUCCACGUGUACAACAAACACGACGGCGCCCUGCGGAACACGGAGUACUUCAAACAGCUGAAGGAGUACUGCAAUAUCAUCCUCAUGGGCGACUCGCUGGGGGAUCUCAGCAUGGCCGACGGAGUGCCCAAUGUGGAGAACAUCCUUAAGAUCGGCUUCCUCAACGACAAGGUGGAAGAGCGACUGGACAAAUACCUGGACUCUUAUGACAUCGUCCUGGUGAAGGACGAGACUCUGGAAGUGCCCAACGCCAUCCUCCAGAAGGUUCUAUAACUCCACCCACCACCCAGUCCACUCCUCUCCUCCCAUCAGCCUCUUCCAGCCUCUGGCCGGUCAGACUUCUGACAGCAACCGAAACCUCUGUCGGUGGUUACCAGAGUGGUCACUAUUUAACCCCUCCACUUGCUCUGGAUCCCACCUGGGUCAACUUCAGACCCCCCCCACGCCACCCCCCCCACACCACCCUGUGUAAACCUUUUUAAGACAUUUUACAUCUCCUGAAUGAACUGUUUUAAAAGUCCACACAGCGGCAUCAGCCUGUCUCUGGUGUGUUUUUGUCCGUUUCUGAUGUCGUUUUCUGAUAAAAAUAAUAACCAAAAGUGAGAUUAAAAACACACACCAGCUCUCACUCUAUCUUUAUAAUUUGCACAUUAUUGUUCGCAUUAUUAUUCAUAGGAUUAUUUUUGAUAUGGUAAUAUUUGUAUACCAUAAUACACCCACAGUGUUUUCUUUGGAGCUAUCCCAGCAUGCUUCAGUUCCUCAACUCUAUAUCACUAUGAAACUGAGCCUUUGGUGUCAGACAUAAAACGAGAUACGUGAGAGCUCUUGCGGUUCAUGGAUUAGUGCAUAAAGGACGUUGGAAAAUGUAAUUCCUAGUAAACAAUGUGUUUCUAUGUGACAGCAGCGAUAUAAUGACCACAACACAGAAUUAGUUUGAAGGGGAAAAUCAGAGAAAACGCACUUUAAAUUGGGUGUAUGGGGCAGUCGGCCUGUACAUGUGGCAGUAGUUUAGAUUCAGGGAUGUAGGAGCACGUUGUUGCACAGUAAAGCCAUGUUUACAUACGCCUUUUAUUAAUCCUAAUGUGCUAAUCUGGCAUCAUAUCAUCACACAGGAAGAAGCAGCUCUUUACUCUGGAAGCAUUCAUGGCUGACUUUUGAAUUUGUGAGCUUCUCGCUGACUCAACUAUCAAGUGUUCUCCAUGGCAGUGUUUAAGGCUGACUUCAGUAUUAAGAUCAAGAUUAUUAAGACCUCUAGUGGUCAUAAGUGGGACUUACAACAGUAAAAUCCCCUCCAACCAAAGUAACCGAUGAAGUGCUGCAAAAUGACAAUAUAUCUAAAGUAUAGUGUAGUUCACCAUUUCAGUAAACAGAAGGAAGCACCCUGCUGCCUGUGGCUCAUCAGAACCCAGACCUAUUCAAUGUCAUCACCGUCUCGUUCUGUGGUUACAAUGCUGAGCACUACCUCUGAAAUAUUCGUCUUCAAGCUAUAAAAUGUCUCCGUUUGUUGCAACAUGUUGAAUGUUCUCUUUGUUUGUGUUUUAAAUGUGCUGCUAUCACCUGCAUGUUGCCUUUUCUUAUUAAGUUUAUGUCUGAAAAAUGGGUGACAAAAAAACAUAUAUAUAUAAAUAUCAUUAAAACGGGGAAUAAUGUCUUACUGUAUAUGUAGGCGUUAUAUGGAAAUGUAUAUUGUUUCACUGCAUUUGGAGAGAUCUCCUAAGGUAGAGUGUUGUAUUUUUAUAAGCAGAUGGCUUUCUCUUUUCUUUUGAUGGUGUGAUUUUAAAAAUGCAAUAAAAUGUCAUUUUGUGA